UUCAGCCAUCAAGCCGCCAAACACCUACGUCUGCCGCCUGCUAUUCAUAUUUCUCUACGCGAGUGUAUACAUUCUAUUGCAUUGUUGUGAUAGGACGCAAUUAUUUGUUUACACUUGCUCGUUUAUUUGACGUAAGCAACAAUUUUUAAGUUUAUUCAUUUAUAAACAUGGCAGACGAAGCUGAAAAUGUACCGGCUAUCAAUGUCAAAGAGCCGCUAGAUUUAAUCAGACUCAGUUUAGACGAGAGGAUUUACGUCAAAAUGAGGAAUGAAAGAGAGCUCAGAGGUCGAUUACACGCAUAUGAUCAGCAUCUGAAUAUGGUACUCGGAGAAGUAGAAGAAACAGUGACAACUAUAGAAAUUGAUGAGGAGACAUACGAAGAGGUGUAUCGUACCACAAAAAGAACCAUCCCUAUGUUAUUCGUGAGAGGAGAUGGUGUUAUACUUGUAUCCCCUCCAAGUAUGAGGGCAGCGAUAUAACUUUUUAAGUUACUGCAGCUUUCUGCGCAGUAUAAAGAAUUAAAAACCAUGUAUGUAAAAUUAUUUUUAUAGACAAUAAUGUUUACUUGAUAACUAAGGAUAAAAUAUAUAAAAUUUUAAGCUGUAAA